AUGGCAACUGGAUUCACUAUACCUGCUGGUAUAUUGCUUUGUGAUGGUCUAUUAAAUCAAAAUAACAGGUGUACUUUCAAACUGGUCUUAUAUAACCGGAGCACGAAAAAAUACACAGCGACCAGCAGAUAAACAACCAUGUUUCAAAAAUAGACAUAAGCUUCACAAAUAUUCAUUUGAAUCCUAUUGCAGAGGAUUAUAACGUUUUUUUUUGCAGCAUUUGUUCUGAGCGACACAACAGAAUAAUAAUCUGGCGUUUAAAUUAUUAAUUGCGCCGCUUAAAAAUGACAUCUGCUUGUUUGGGAAACUUUGGGUCCUAUAAGUUGUUUUACUGGCAAGAAUCGAAGAAAGAAUUCGAUUUCGAAAAAGCAGAAAGACGACUCAAAAAUGAAAUCGAACUUUCCCAGUUGAACAAACAAGACGUGCUGGAUCUCUCAAGUGAAAAUAUAGACGACGAGAAGAAAAAACAAGAAGACUCGUCGGAUUCUGAGAAAAAAGAUGUCGUAAAUGAUUCGUCGCGAGAGAUAGUGUGGGUUCGGAAACGACUCGACACUCGGGAUCCGCGACAUCUAGUGCCGACUCCGAGAGAGAAGUUGUACACUCCGAGGCCCUGGCCGGAGCCUAGGCCCUUUUUCGUACCCCCGCUAUCCACUCCGUCUCUGGCCAAGUUCACGAGAGCUCACGAGGAAAUAAGACCAGCUGCCUCUAAUCCCAGUACAAGGGACGUCUCAUGGUCGACCCUGCGUGAAAUGCUGCCCUACAAGGGACGUCCCUGGACACUAACCCCCCGCAGCUGGGGCACAGACAGUGCCCUGCCCCCAAUCUACACUGCCGAGAACCCUGACAGAUUCCCCCACGUAAACAGUCCCAUGACGAGGUACCUGGACGACAUGCACAAAAACCACAGGGGAUCUUUCAAACUGCACUGAUGAUAAAUUGAACUAAAAUAACUUACAAAAAUCCAUUUGCUUCACCUCUCCCUAUACUAGAAUUCAAGCUAGUAGUUUUA